UCGUUGCCGUGUUUGGAUCGUUUGCUCUCGCGCAGUGUACAACAUCCCACCACCCAAUAGGAGUAGGAGUGCAUGUGGUGCCUAGAUUGGAGAGCAGCAGCAUCAGAUUCACGGAGAGGAAGGAGUCAAUAACAAACAACAAACAAAGUGAGCGUUGAUCUUCACCGUCAAUUCGUUGAAACCGCGUCGCGUCGAGCCACAUUGUGUGGGUAAUGUAAGUAAUAAGUCAGAGGUCAGAACGUUCAUCGAUUGUUGUUGUAGUGCAGUUCCGCGAUUAUUGCCCGUAUCAUUUUUACUGCCGCCGGCGUUAGCUUCGUCUUAACGUGAGUUUGUUUCAAGGAGAGACGCCAAAAAUAACCACGAACCAGUUUGCCCACAACAGAAAUCAGCUGCUGUUGUUGCGAGUGCAUCGGUGCUUUCUGACGAAACGUGUGGGGGUGUGCAAGUGUGUUUGUUUGCUGCGUGCUGCAAUACACGUGCCGUUCGUUUUAGCCGUCUCGAAAUCUGGAGAUUGCUUUCGACGGCGAAGAAUGGCUGUAUGAAAUCAUCUGUUCGAGAAGAUAGUGUGUGCAGUGCAGCAACAGCAUAAGUGCUUUGACCGAGAUAACAAGUGAGCAAGCAAAAAUAUUGAUAGAGAAAUAUUGAAAACAUCGUCAACGUGUAGUGCAGUGAAGCUUGCUGAUGCAGCCGAGCCGGCAUGGCUAGGCGCGGAGAAGCAAGGAAGCAUAUUAUUUGUGCCCCAGCCCUAGCACAACAAAAAUAAAUAAAAGUGCCGUGUGUGAGUGUGCCGUGUCUGGUGCAUGCUGUUGGCUAGUGCUAAUUCGAACCAGUUUUUCUCUUGUGAUUCUGAGCUCCGGACAGGCUGCAUAUUUCUCGAGCAACAUGUGGAAAUGGCCUAUGUGCCAAAUGUAAACAAAAGUAAUUGUUCACGAACCACAGAACGAUAGUGCAAACUUCUUCUACCAGAUGCUGCUGUUGGUUUGUCAGAGUAAUGCCUUGUUCGAACUACAGUAUUAUAUAUACAAUGUUAAAAGGCUUCCUUGAUGUUAUAACUCCAAGGUAUGAACAUAGCAUAAGCCUUCAUCGUCGUUUGAAGCCAUUGUUUACAUUUUAGCACAUGGGCACUUUUCACAAGUUGCUCUAUAUUUCCGCUUUGUGUGCUAGAGUGUAGAAAACAUGUUUGACUCAUGAGCUCCGACAGCUUAGCUGAAAGAAUGACACAUGGUCGGCGCAUGAACAAAGAACGUUGAGCCACUUUUAAUUUUUAUAGUUGUUGCAUAUAAAAUUUGUAUAAUUUAUAUUCAAAAUUAAUGUUAAAAAUUUUAAAACGUGUUUUCAGAGUCAUGCAUUGCGAUUUAUUUUUUGCUCAUUUCAUAAAUUAUAAAAUAAUUUAAAACAACCCACAUUUUUGAACAACGCUCAGCAUAUCACCAAGGCCUGUGCGUCUGGUGCUACAAACAGACGAAUGCACUAAGGCUUGUCCUAGAGCCCGAUGAAGAACACAAGAGAAAGGGACGAAUAACGUAAGUUCAGUACACAGUAGAGCCGAAGAACAAAUAUCCCUGAGAAGUGGAAACUGUGGGCAGCACGAGCUACUGCAACAGCAGAAAUAAGCUGGUUAAUGGUUUUGUUAUUAUCGCAGUCGUUGUCGGUGUGAGUAUCCGUCUUUGUCGAAGGUCUGUUUUGAUUAUUGUGUGAUCAGCAGCUGGAUGUUCAAAGUGGAAGUAGUGAAACUGCAAGACUACCACUGGACUAAUAGAAACAGCGUGCCGAAGCAGAAGCUGAUAAGGACAUACUCAACAAACAGGAAGGAAAAUCCGGAUGUACUUGAUACACGAAACACACGCUUGAGUUGAGGAGUUUCAAGAUCAAAUCAGAGCGAACAUUGUGGAAGCUAUCCGGAACGGAUCUGGUCCAACAAACGCAGGCUCGCUCAAAUUCAACGUCGGUCGGCCCACAGCCUCAGUGCAAAUUCAAAUAAAAGAAGUGAAACUUUGGUACUCCGAGCCUUGCAUCCGCCGACUGUCUCGAGUUUCAAGCUUUUCUAGAUACCUUCAUAUAACGAGCGAGAGUGAAAAGUACCAAAGCACAAAUCUGUCGGUGUUGGGUGUAUCAAAGUCGCAACAGCAGCUAAGCAAGCUGUAUCGCUGAGGCAGAGAAGAAGAAAGAACGGAAAAUCGAGAGGUGCUAACACAACGAAUUCACCGUCAUUAGAUCGAACUUCCGAACUCUCGAGCACGUGCAAUCGCUCAGUGGGCUUAUUAUCCCGCCUCGCCGAGAAAAACCAUAGCCAUACAUAGCUAUACAGAUUUGCUGCUUCAUAUAAGGGACCAAACAGCGGAAAGUGAAAAUCUACACUGCCAUUGACGACGAUGUUGGUGAAACGGCAGCAAAUGGGAAACCAAUAAACACCGUGCAUGGUCGGACUCGGAAGCUCACCACCAGCACCUGGACCACGUACAAGGUAAACGGCAGAUGAUUCUCAGCAAAUCGCCCAAAACAGCAGCAGCAGCCAACGGAAGGAGCAGCGACGAUAAAAAUAAAAGGAAAAACGUCGGGCGCCGGAAAAGAGUAAACGAAUUUGUUUAAGUGGUCGCUUUCAGUAUCAAUUUGUUUCGGGAGUGCUACAUUGACACGGCAGAGUGGUAUUGCGGUCAAGCAGCAGCAAACAUCAUCAGUUCAGUCCAUCCAUCUUCAUCCGAUCCAUCAGAAGGAAAUCAGUGAAAUAGUGCAAUAAUAGCAGCAGCAGCAGCAGCAGAAGAAUGUCGUCACGGUCGAAGGAUAAGGUAACGGCAGCGAUAAGGAAAUUUUUCAAAUCUCCCGACAAGAAGGAGAAAAACCAACAGAAAGACAAAGAUCAACAGCAGCAUCAUGGUGCGGGUGGGGCAGCGACGGUGGAUCAGCAGCAGCAGGUCAGUGGGCCAGGGGCGGGAGCGGAAGGUCAGCAUCAUCCCAUGUUGCAUCCACAUCCGGCCACGUUGGCAGUGGCGGGAGCGAUCGUUCCCAGCGGAAGCAGUAGCAGUAGUAACAAUAGCAGUAGCACUAGCAAAGGUAGCACCGACAGUCCCCUGCGGCGGUUGCGAUGUUCCGUCGCCCCCAGCAACAAUAGCUUAGUAAACGUGCCGGUAUCAAAACCCUUGGACACCACAAUCCGAUCCAGACGACUGAUGAAGGAACUCAAGGAAAUCGAACGGAUACAGCACUCACGGUCCGAUCCUUACUUCACCGUCGAACUGGUGAACGAUAACCUGUACGAGUGGCACGCCCGCCUAUACCGAGUGGAUCCCGAUUCACCCCUUGCGGAGGACCUAGUCGAACUGAACAUUCCGCACAUCCUCCUGCAUCUGGUGUUUCCGGAUAAUUUCCCCUUUGCCCCACCCUUUAUGCGUGUCGUCGAACCACGCAUCGAGAAAGGCUUCGUCAUGGAGGGUGGCGCCAUCUGUAUGGAACUACUAACGCCUCGGGGCUGGGCCAGUGCGUACACGGUCGAAGCAGUGCUGAUGCAGUUCGCUGCCAGUUUGGUCAAGGGGCAGGGCCGUGUCUCGAGGAAACCCAAAUCAUCGAAGGAGUUUAGCAGGAGAACGGCCGAGGAAGCCUUUCGGUCACUAGUCAAAACGCACGAAAAGUACGGCUGGGUAACGCCCGCAAUGAACGACGGUUAAACUCGCAAUAAAGGUGCUCAAUUGGCGACGAGAAUAGCUCAAUCGAUUCCACGGAGGCAGCAACAUGCUAUUUGUGCUAUGAGGAAUAAUAAAAACGAUUAAACCAACGCAACACAACACAGCAACAUCGCCAGAUCAACAGAGAAACGUGAAUUGAAUUUACAUUCUAUAGACAUUUAAGUACUCGGAACUCGCCAUUUUCAAUUGACGACUGUUAAACCGCGUGUAGUUGAAGAUUUUAUUUUUUUCUAAAUUUUGGAAACAAAACUUUAAGAUUUUAAGACAAAACACAGACCGACAGACAGAGCUCAGCAUCUGAACCUGGAUUAUGGAAACAAUGAUCUCGUCGUAUCGUUCCGACUUUAAAUUCAGCAACCAAGUCACCAAGUCGUCUAAACACUCAAUAGUUCAAAAUUUCCAUGUGGUCAAUAUGAGUCUAAACGAAAUGGAAAAGGCAAUGCGCGCUAAAGGAUGUUUGUAGGAAUUUUUGAAUGCAUCUCAUCGGCCGUGGAGCUGAAGCAUCAGGGUAGGUAGUGUACAGUUUUCAGCUUAGUUUUUAAUUAUUCUACCUAAAUUCAUACACUAACUCAGUGUCUAAAAAGAACAAUGUACCAUCUUGUGCAACAUUCAUUGCAGCACUAUCGAUCAAAAUUCAACCGUGACAAGCUUCUCAUUUUAUCGUAAGUCAUGCAUGAUAUCGAUGAGCAAAUUGUUAUAUUUAAAAAAAAAAUCAAACAAACAGUGAUGAGCGAAAGUAUAUACAUACAUAUAGCGAAUUGAACGUGUUAUUUAGUAUUGGCAAAAAUCAACAAAGAAAGACAAAACAAAAUUAUCCAAAUGCUUGUUUGGUCGUCAGGAACACAAAAGAAAAACGGUAUGUACUUGCAACUAGUAUAGAAUAAUGAAUAAAUGAAACAUUAUGGUCAAAGAUUCUACCACUGU